AUGGAGCCCAUCACAAUCGACUCCAGCGACGACGAGAGCACGGCUCCCGAUGGAGCUUACGACAGGCCAACGACCGGCCGCGACCCCCGGCUACGCCCUGGCACAUACUACGCCGGCAGACCCACAAGAGCCUGCCCAACCGGGAUCCGACAGACUCGAGGCCCUACCCGAGCCCCGUCGCCCCCGAUGCAGCCAACUACGGCCAGAGCGCCACCGCGCCGGGCCACGCCGCACCCGAUGUCCGAGUCUUCGGACGAGUCUCCUUCAGCCUCGCCAACACGGCGCGCCGCGCCACCAACGCCUUCACUACCCUCGGGCCGCUCCCGAGCCCCGUCGCCCCCGAUGCAGCCAACUACGGCCAGAGCGCCACCGCGCCGGGCCACGCCGCACCCGAUGUCCGAGUCUUCGGACGAGUCCCCCUCAACAUCGCCACCACGGCGCGCCGCGCCACCAACGCCUCCACGACCCUCGAGCCGCUCGACCUCCCCGUACUACACGGACAGGACUGGACGCAGGAUCCCCUGCUCUCAAGCUCCGCCGUCGGGACCCUACCAAGGUUAUCCCAACCCGGAUGCGCCGGGCCACUCCCGGUGGUUCUACAACCCGGGCCCGCCAAAUCCGGACGCGCCGGGUCACUCGCGUUGGUUCUACAACCCGGGCCCCGCUCCAGGAUACCCAGACCCGACCGCUGCUGCCCCACCCCCUGAAGGGCGUUACAGCAAUUGCAGCCCUCGCCAGCAGGACCCGGGGUCAGAUGAGGACGACGACGAGGAGGGAGACUCUCGAUCCCCCAGUCCGGCUGCCCCGGCACACGACGAGGACUACGUGCUGGAGGACGUCACCGACAGCGACGCCACCCCUCCGUACCCCGGAUACCACGGGGAGGAAGCCAGUGAGCAGGACGAUGACGACGCGCAAACAAUCAGCAGCGACAGCGAGCCAGACGAUGGUGCCCCCUCGGCAGCCCACUAUCAAUGGGAAGGAGAGGAACGGUACGGGUUCUGGCGGGGAUCGUGGAUCCAGCUAAUCCACGCCCGUUACACCUCCACCCUCAUCGAGGCACCCUUCCGGCCGACUCCUGACCCAAUCAUCACCUUUCCCCCGUCACCGGAGAGGCUGUGUAUAAUGGCCCCGGACGAGGACUGGGAGAUGGACAUGGGGAACACACCCGAGGUCCGUCCGCCGUCGCCAGCACUGGGGGAAGAUGCGGCCCUACCCAUCUUCCCCGGCGACCGGGCAGGUGACAACGCGCCAUUGACGUCAACGAACAAACAAGCGCUCCACAUCAACCAGACAUACGACGACGCACCAUUGGCGUCCACGAGCCAACAAGCGCUCCGCAACCAGACAUACGACGACGCACCAUUGGCAUCCACGAGCCAACAAGCGCUCCGCAACCAGACAUACGACGACACACCGCUAGCAUCCUCGAGCCAAGGCUCGAUCCCCACCGCCAGCGAGACCACCGAGCAGGGCUACCAGCCCACCGGGAAGGCUAUGCAGUGGGAGUCGGAGUCCAGUGAUAGCGAAACCGAGACGGGACAGAAGUUCCGCCGCAAAGAGGCGCAACCACGACCACCGCCGAACAUUGCUGUGCCAAACCAUCGAUCCUCGGCCCACCGCCGCGGGAUAGCCACCGCAAGGAACGCGCCGCCCAACGCUGCCGAGACCAACCGCCGAGCAGCAAACCAUAGCCGCUCAACUACCCACGAGGAGGUCACUCCCCCAGCCACCCCACGUGUCGGUUUCGGAGAUCGCGGGUUCGAUCUCUCUCCGGGCACGAUGGAUAUACUCAUGGAGGAGCUCGAGCCGGGUGUAGAAGGUCUGCUACAGGAGUUAAUCCCAGACUGGGACCCGAAGGCACCUUCGACAGCGCCAGUCCCUGCGGCCACCACCGCCGACGAGGUUCCACCUCCAGCUCCGCAUUUCCCGCGCCCAGUCCCUGCGGCCACCACCACCGACGAGGUUCCACAUCCGGCGCCACGCUUUGCUCGUCGAGCCCAUACGGAAGAUGACUUCACCACCGACGACCCAGCGCCUGAGCGAGUCGCCAUACCAGCCGCCUGGUGGACUAACACGCACGACCAACGAGUUCCACUGGCGGUUUGGCAGGCGAUAGAGCGCCGGAGCCAUGCCGCACAGUACUCCCGUCAGCGCUUCCGCGUCCGCACGCAGGAAGGCCCAUAUCAGGUCACCAUGAAAACGACAGGAGAGGUCCAGAUCCGUUUCGGCCGGGCGGAGUAA